AUGUUUCUCUCCACUUCCAUUUUUGCGAACGCCCCCCCAAAAAGAGAACUGCCGCCGACAGGACAUCUCCACAUUCUCAACACGCGCGCAAUUCGCACGGACUCCAUAAGACAAAUCCAACGUAAGUCCCAAAUCCUUUUGCUCCAUCACCUACGUGCGCAAAACCCAGACCAAGCCGAAAGCAGAAGGAAGCUAGCGACGCCGCGAUCGCGAAAAGAUCGCAUCAACCACCUACCGACCUUCUAUCCGUCGUUCGCUCCGUCCCUACCGCCGAGGUUCUCCGCGUUGCAAUUCCAAUCCGAUCGCGAAAAAGGAUUCGAGACCGACAAGUCGCAACCUCGGGUUACGAACGGAGCGCCCGGAGACGAUUUCCUCCGACCGAUUGAAGACCAGGCAAAAGGAGAAGGAAACAAGGAAGAGAAGGGUCUUGGGGUGGUCAGAUUGGCAGACACCGAAAAUCUAUAUCCCGCCGCCGUCCACGCGCCGCCGCCGCCGCCGACGACAACCUCACCGCACGGUUAUCCUGCCCACUUGCUCGAUCCGCACGGUACACCGGACCAAUAA